CACAUACACCGCCCUGUUCGCCCUGGUCGCGUUUAAAGUCGUCUUGUCUCCUCCUCUCUUUCGAUCGACUUUCCCGGGUAAGCUGGAUCGAUUGUUGAGGCCUGAAUGCGGUGGAGAAUGGACGUGAACACACGCCAAACGCCGCUUUAAUAAAUCUGGGAGUAUAUAUAUUUUUUUCUUUUCUUUUUUUAAAGAAAAUAAAAGGGAAGAAUGGUUUUAUAGUUUGUGCUCGGGGACUGAAUGUGGGCGGAUUUCUGGUUUACAGAGGGAAGAUUUUGAGCAGAUGAGCAGCAGCAGGACUCGGAAUAAAAGGCGGCCUUUUCGCAGAAGCCCUGCGCUCCAGCAUGUAGAUGCCUCUUCCUGUAGUCUUCGCCAAUGAAAAUGGAGGAGACGGCCCUGUCCGGCAUGGACAACAGCAAAAUGGAGGGCAUUGCUCAAGAGAUCCUCUCGGACCUGGUGGAAGACGCCUGUCUGGGGCUUUGCUUCGAAGUUCACCGAGCCGUCAAGCAAGGCUACUUCUUCCUGGAUGACACGGACCAGGAGAGCACGAAGGACUUCGAAAUCGUGGACCAGCCUGGAGUGGACAUCUUCGGCCAGGUGUACAACCAGUGGAAGAACAAGGAGUGUGUGUGUCCCAACUGCAGCCGAAGCAUCGCUGCCUCGCGCUUUGCCCCUCACCUGGAGAAGUGCCUGGGCAUGGGGCGCAACAGCAGCCGCAUCGCCAACCGCAGGCACAAUCAUCUCACGCCUCUCCUCCAUACUCAGGAUAGCCAGCGGCAACAACACGAACAAAUCCGAGAGCGAUCAGGAGGACAACGACGACGUGAACGACAACGACUGGUCCUACGGGGCCGAAAAGAAAGCAAAGAAGAGAAGGGCAGAUAAGAAUCCAAAUUCACCGAGACGAUCCAAGUCACUAAAACACAAAAACGCCAAAGAUCUGUCUUCGUCCUUCAGCUUCGCUGGAUCCUAAGCAGCGCCCGGAGUGAUGGAGACUGGUUUCCACGGCGAGUCGUCCAGAGCGACCUGGUUCAAAGGAUCUGAUCGGCUGCGGUUUUUCCUCCGGUUUACACAAAUUUUUUUUUUAUGUAGUCUGUAUUUUUUGGGGGGGGGGGAUUUUUUUUGCACAACAAAUCGGCGUCCUCGCGCCGAACGUGUCGCCGCGGCCCCUCGGCCCCUGACGGAAACGAUCAGGACGUAUGAGGAGGACGUACGAACGUACUGCAGCAGGAGAAGAAAGUAGGAGAAUGAAGGUUGCUGACAUACUUGUGCUCCUGAUACUGCUGUAACGGUUUUCGGGCGGGAAAAAAUCUAAAUCAAUCUUGAAUGCUGCUUAAUUCAAUUUUUUUUUUUAUACAUGUUUUUGACCCGAAAUCAAGAUUCAGACAGACUGAACUGCUCAGACUAGGAGUAAUUGAUAAUGAAAUAUCUGGCGACUUGAAACACACACAUAUUCCUCUUCAGUGAACGAAUUCUCACGUAUCUUUUUCACGUUUGUUUGUUUGUUUUGGUCAGGUUUUUUUUUUUCUUUUUUCUAUCUGUGUACUCGAUGUUUACAAUGUAAAGGAAUUCUGUGUCUGUGUUGUGACUAUACAUAUAUUUUGACUAUUUGGGGGAAAAUGCUGCUACACUGGCCAUGAGCCACAUGCUAAAUGGCAUGAUACACACGUGCACACACACACACACGUAAUAAACAUGACUUGAUACA